GAGGUUGGGCCAGUGCGCGGGACUAUGAUCGGGAGCCGUUACGUUUUUACAAAAGACGAAUGCAGCGGUCGUUUUGCAGCGCCAGAAACUGUGUUUACAUCCACGAUUUUCACGUGAAUUUCUGUACUUCGCGACCCCGCUGACGGACUGCAGGUUGCAACAUGGAAAACAUGGAGUGCGGAAUGGAUGGCGAUGGGAACUCGACCACGAGAACAAUUCUCACCGUCAAGAACACCGAGGAGUUGUUAGAAGCUAUCGAAAGCCUCUCCUCCCAGAACGUUGCCAUGAGUGUUGAAGUCCAGCACGAAACACUGGAGACGGUGGAGGGACAGGAGGACCAGGCAACUGGUUCCCAGCAGUAUCAGUUCACCACUACCGAUCAGAUCCAGCCCACAGAGGCACAACAGAUCGAGUACGUCACCGAGCAGGUUGAAACAUCACAGGUGGGUGAAAUAGCGGGGAGCCAGUUAAUCCCCACCAGAAGCCAGGUGGUUUUUCCGGGUGGUAACCACGUAGCUGUUGACGCUAAAACGAUCCAGAUGGUCACUGAGGCGGGGCCAAGUCAACCCGUGUCCACUGAUGGUCAGACCGAGUAUCAUUAUAUCUACCCAGAUGCCCUCGUUUGUGCUGAGCAAGUGCAAACCGAGACCGACCAACCAAAUGCAGAGGGGGGAGUCGCAGGCCAGAGUCUUCAAUCAGGUGAGAUUCCCCGUCCUCUCUACCGUCAAGGCCAGGAUCUUCACAGCUCCUUAGAGAUUGCAUCGGCUGUGGAGAUACUGACUGGGCUGGCCUCAACCAUCACCACUCAACUGGGUUACCAAGAGGCUAACCAAUUCGGUAAACUCGCCAGGCACAAAGAAAAGAAGCACAAGAAGAAAUCCAAGAAGGAUAAAUCAGAACGUUCUAAGCAGAAAAAGUCCAAGAAGCACAAGAAAGAUAAGCAUGCUGGCGAGACGGAGCCAAAACCAAGGAAGACUGAUGGAGGGUAUCAUGAGUGUCCGACGUGCCAGAAGACGUUCGGCACGGCAGCUAAUCUGAAGAGUCAUUUGGUUUCACACACCACUGAUAGACCGUUUGCUUGUGAGACCUGCGGGGCUACGUUCAAGCGACGACGCUACCUGCAGCUCCACAAGAACAUCCACACUCAGUCCAAGAUCUUUCAGUGCAGCUACUGCGACAAGACCUUCCUGAUGAAGAGCUGGCUUCACAGUCACGAGAGGUACCACACCAAGCCGUUCUCUUGUGAUCUGUGCGGUCGGGCGUUCGGCGACAAAAAGAUCCGUGAUGUCCAUCGGAGAUCCCACACUAACGAAAAACCUUUCGUUUGCGGCGAAUGCGGCCAGGCGUUCCGAUCCAAAGCCGUUGCCAUCAAACACGGACGCAGACACUCCGGUUUGAAACCCUACGUCUGUAAGAUUUGCAACAAGGCGUACACGCAAAUCCACAACCUCACCGACCAUGAAAAGACUCACAUUGAUGAUCAGACAUUUGCUUGUAAGACCUGCGGCAAGGUUUUCUACGCCCGAAGCAGUCUGCGACGUCACCGCAUCAAAGAACACCCAGCUGAGAAAUCGGGUAUUCAGAAAGUCCCCCUGUCGCGUAAUCAGGUGAUUACCAAAGAACCUGGCGUGUUUGAAAUCAUAAGGAAACCCUACGUCUGCAAAGUUUGCACCGAGGGCUACAAAACCAAAAAGUCCUUGAAAAUGCACGAGAAAAUCCACGAAGCAAGUCGCAUCUGUCAAUAUUGCCAGUCCUCGUUUGUCUCUCGAUCUGAUUUAGUGAUCCACGAAAGGUCACAUACUGGUGAACGACCGUUCUCCUGCGCCCUCUGCGGGAAAACAUUCACCUCCAAGAAAGCCACUAAUCGGCACGAAAGGUCCCACACCGGGAUAAAACCGUUUGAAUGUAAGACCUGCAACAAGAAGUUCACGCGCUCCUCGAAUCUCAAGGAUCACGAGCUGAUCCACGCGGGGAAGAGCAAACGCUUUGCCUGCAGCGGCUGCGAGAAAAUCUUCGCGUCGCGAAGCGCCUUGAAAAGCCACGAGAGGCUUAAGCACGGUCCCGGCGCAGUCGCAACGCUUGACCAAUUGGCGCCGCAGCCAGUCGCACAGGAAGAUCCCGCGGAACAGGUGGAGCUCUUUGAGAUCAUCAUAGCUGCAUCCGGGCAGUCAGAAAUAGCGGAGGUGACCGAGAUUGGAACGGUGGUUGCUGAAGUGUAGGGACAAACCAUUAACACCCCGCUUGCAGCGAGCCAGGCCGGAAAUGUCAGUAAGUGCUACCCGCAGAUGGCGGCCGGAACCCGUCUGGCAUUGAGGUUCGUGACAAACAAUCCCGCGGCUGGGUCAGGUCAAUGUCAAAAUAAUCCUGGCGCGAACUAGUUAAAGAGUGGUGUUGAAUAUCCGUUUCCCAAAAUCUAAACCGAAUGAUAACUGUUGUAGAAUUCAAACCGAAUUAAAAAAAAAA